CGAGCUGUGAAUCAACAGUUAAAAGCCUGACUCAUCAUCGUACCCUUUGUAUAUCAAUACGAGUCAUAGCAGCUAGAAUGUAUUCUUCAAGGAUCCUAUUUAUUCAGCAACAGUAAAAAACUCCUGAUAGUGAUUUUUUUUGCGGGUCGCUCCGUUACCGACGUGGGCAGGUUGACAUUGAAUACUGAAUCUUUUUAAACUUAAAGAAGCCUGGGCAGUAGGUGUCUCCAGGCGGAUUCUGGCACUUGGGUUGUGGAUGGUAUGUUUUUGAUUUAUUUAAAGAAUGACCAAUGUCCAAAUCUCAGUAAUUACGAUGACGAUAUUUAUAUGGUUACACUGAGCAGACCCAUAACCUAGGUGUCCUUGUGAGUAUUUGGACUGGAGGUGUGUGCAGCCUAUUUGGAUAGGGGGUGUGUCUGUAUGAGCACAUGUGCAAUGCUUUCUUGUGUGUAAGCCCUAUUAUGCUAAUGUGUGUGUCUGUUUCCCUAUGUAAAUCUAAAAUUUAGGAGUUUAAAGGGGCACCGCAUUGAUUUUACACAUCAGCAUCAGUUUACUCAUCACAGCGAGUACAACUCAGUCUGUGAAAACAGCUGUAAAAUGUUUUCUGUGGCUCUGGAGGGAGCUUGGAAAAAUAACCCUGAUAAUGUCAUCAUCUCGGUUUGGGCUUGGAGACAAAUAUAUUGACAGAAAGCCUGCGUUACAAACGGUGUACAUCGACGUUUACCAGGCAGCGAUGCUUUAAGAAAACAUCCUAGUGUAAUUUUUGGAACAUGACCCAUACAGGCCACGAAAAAGUCUGCCAUCGAUUUUGAAUGUCUCUCAGAAGCAAUAAUAAAUUGCCGGAAUAUCCCUAUAAUGUCUCUAAUGUCUCUGGUCUUAUGUCAUGUUUUGUUUGACUGUCCCCUGUCAUGUUGACUUAAAGUCUCUCAACUGUGUAUGUGCAUACUGUAUGUGAGUCUACGUGCGUGUGUAUGGCUCCAUGUGUGCUUCUGCCUGUGUGUUACGGCGAUAGGAAACAGUGUUGUCAUUCUACGUCAAUGGAGAAUAACAUUACAGUAAUCUUCAUUCCUUAAUUACCCAUUCAGUUCAGGAAAUAUUCCAAUAGCUGGACAUGCGUCUCCGUAUUGCAAUUGCCCUGGCAUAAUAGUUUCCACUAAGGCAGUCUUGAGAACCCCCAUCACACUCCCAUACCUCACACACUCUUUUGCCCAACAAAAAUGAGGAGGGGGUCUCUGUCUCUUACAGAAAUUAUCACUGGAUUAUGCUCACAGCUCUGUUGCACGGUUAUCUGAGCAGCUCCACAUCACCCAGCUGGGGUGCUUAAGCGAUUUCAUUGUUCACCAAAGUUUGAGAGAUUGUGUGUUUUGUCAUUUUGUGGCUCAGUGUAAUGGAAACCCAUUGUCCAAUCCCACCAGGAAAAAUUCAGAGUGGAAGAGACAGCAGCCCUCUGAUUUGGUUCUCAGGAAGUCAGUGGCGAGUAGCCCUUAGCCUCCCCAUUUAUGUCUAAGUGACUGAUGGAACAGAAAAAGCACAGCUCCGUCAUGUUUAAACAACAGAUUCCAUUGUAGUAUAUUCAAGAUAAAUGUCAUAACUGGUAUGCAGUGUGUACUAGCAACACUUCCUUUCUCUGUCAGCACAUGGAGCAGCAGGAAGUCUGCUGAGUUAUGGGUCGUUUUCGUGUGAAAGGGGGCAGAGAGAAGGCCAACAGUUUAAAAUACUAAGUCAGGUUCUGUAGAAAUACAAUUUCAUUGGAAUUGUUUAUGUAACUUUUGUAGAUUUAACAGAUUUGUUUAAAUAUGAAAAAGGUGCGGUCCAGGCUUGACUUAUGUAUGGUUUGAUUUGAUUGAUGAUUUUAUCUUUGUUAUCUUUACAUAAUUAAAUGAAAAGGCCUUGAGGGAGGAUGGUUAUUUCAUAACCUUGUUGUUUCUUCAUAUCCUUUGUAGUUGGAUUUCUUCCCCCAGUUAAAAAUGUCAGAAUCUGAAUAUGCAUUUUUUAUUAAGUUUUGUUUUUUUAACACUGUGGAGUCCUCUCUCAGUAUAUGUGACUGGUGGCUUCAAGUCUCUACAUCACACUUUUGGAAGUUGAAUAUUGGACCAGGAUUUGCUUCUUACUUGAAACAAUUUCAAAUAAUUAUGACAUAUUCUGCCAGCAGUCCACCUAUGUCUGUGAUCUUGUGUAUACAACCACAUGGCUGUAGUAUAUCUCAUAUAAGUGUCUUUGGUGAUGUUCAGGAUAUUUUUCAAUAUACACUUCAAUAUGAUUGCAGCGAGCUCUGUGCUGUGAUAUGGCAAGAUUACACUAGAUGUGUUUUGCAUCCCUGUGCAGGAAAAUGUAUAAGGCAACGCUAAUAUCUGCUGCAUUGUCACGUUUCAGAAAGGUGCAGUAAAUAAGAUAUUCUUCUUAACACACCACUGCCAGUUAAGAAGUUGCUAGUUAGAACUAGUAGAUCCUGUGCAAUCAAAUGUAUUUGUGUGUUGGUAAAAACAAGAAAUAAUUUUCCUCAUUUUGCAUUCUUGACCACUUUAAAGGACACACGUGCUUGUGUCAGCUAGUUAUCAUGUAUCCUUCACUUGUGUUAACAUGCAGUAUGCACAUCUUGCACUGAAUGUGUAAAGAGCUUCAAUAGUGGAGGAAAAUGGCAAGAAAGUAAAGUGGUGAAGCUAACUGUAUAGCACACAAAACCUGUUGAACUUUGAGUAAGUCGCUAGUCUCUUCUUAGUAUCAAAUGUGAUAUGUUUUUGAGAUAAACUCCAAUCAGCUGUUGUGGUGUGAACCUGAGCGGCUGGAGGGGUAGAGAGCAAGACAAGCAAUAUAGUUUGCUGACUGGUGAUAAGUUAGAGGCUGUAAAGAUAUGUCACAAUAUCACAUUUUAAUGUCAAACACAACCUGUUCUAGAUGUUAAAAUGUGAUGCGAGGAAGCAAAGUAAGACAACACAGUAAUCUUAGUGAAAAAUGGUUAACAUUCACAUACCAAUCUCUUACCAUAAAAAUCAGGGGAGGAUGUCAAAAAAUGUAAUUACCAGCCAUAAUUGUGUGGAAACCUGUCUGUUGUUUCUGUGUAAAUUAAUUAUAGCAAAGACAUGUUCUAGGGAAAAUUCUCUCUCUGAUACUCUCACAAUAUCAUCAAUCUGUGAAGCGCAGUGCAUUCCAGGAGUUAUUGAAUGAUAAAGUGUUGUAAUUAGCUUUUUUUUGGUAGGCCGUUUCGCUCAACAUGCGUUGUCUAGUUUCAGAUACUCCCUGUACAAAUACGGCACUUAGAGGAUAGUGAUGGAGAUAUUUUAUAAUUUCUUAUUGUCAACAAAUCCUGAAAAGACCAAAAACCAACAAAGAAAAUGAAAAUGAAAAAGCACAAACUGUCACAAAGCAGCUUGGCAUUAGCAACAGGAGUAAAUGGUGCAUUUGUUUUAAACCACUUUCAGAUGCGGAUUUGUACACAUUCGGUGUAUUUUAGUGUUUUAUGGCAGCAUGGCAGUGUAUGUUUCACCUACCUACUAGUAUCUAUAGUAUCUAUUUUCCUGUUAACUGCAAAGCAUUUCUCAGAAUGCUUUUUGACAGCUCCAAGGUCCAUUUAAAAUGUUGCUUUCACUCAGUUGUGGGCGUAGGUGCACAUAAAUAGCCCAAAUGAUAGUACAUGAUGAUAAAUGUUAGUCUUUUCCAUUACUGUUGAAUGUAGUCAUCUUUUAGCUGAAAAAAAAAUCCAUCCCAUUUGUAGCUGCUAUCGAAAUGCCUCAAAAUACAACCUGUUCCAUCUAUAAGCAUCAAUUUUAUCAUUUCAUCUCAUCAUUUCAUCACUUUAUUUUCCGUGGUAAUGAGAUUCAUAAAUGUGCCAAACCGCUUCGAGUUAAAUAUGCUCUGUGCACCUGUGUAAUCAUGCAUGACUGUGUCACUUUAGACGACCAGGAACUCAUCAUGAGUCCAAUCAUACCAGACAAAUAAGAGGUGCGGCUUUUGGUGCCGCUUUAUCCGCAGCUGGGGGAUCGUGUCUGCUUUCACUCAUUUCUUUUAUAGCCGCACAAUGUACCAGCCAGGUGUGUCUACAGUAUGAGGGCUUUCCUUCAUCUAAAGUAACCCAAAUUCCUCAGCAUGGAGAGAAAGGAGAAAAGAGAGGGUCUUUUCUUGGGCCACGUCCAUCCAUGAUGAGGAAUGAUGGAAAAAAAGGAGAGGUCUGGGUGGGGGCAGGUGUUAGUGUCGGGAGGAGGGUGGUGGUGGUUGGCGAUCCUGGCUGGAGUGGAAAAAGGAAUGUGGGGCUCUUGGAAUGUCCUGGAAUGUUUAGAGCAGUUGGGGAUAAUUGAGUGAAUUUGGAACAAGAAAAGACAAACUGAGGUCCCGCGGUGGAAGAAUGUGCUUCUGGGACGUCUGAAGAAACAUUCCAUCCAUUCAGACAGCUUCACCGGGCCCAGAACCUUCCUUAGAUGGCACCAUAGGGAAUAUAACGCCCUCCCUUCCUCCUCCCAUGCACACACACUUACCAGCACUUCUCUUCCUUUCACACUCUUCUCACACUGCAGGACAAGCAGAGAUCCUCCUUGAUAUAUAUUCCUUGCCCUUGAAGUUUGUGUACAUUAUUUCAUAAAGUCUGCCAAAAGUGAACAUAUGUCUCCAAAUUCUCCGGUUCAAGAAUAGAAAUGUGCUCUUAUAGUCUUAUGUUUAUAAUUAUUGAAACGUAUUUUAACAAAAGCAUGGGAAUCAAGUGGGGCGUACAUUUCUUACUCUGCUGUCUUUAUGUUUAUAGCUUUAUGAAGAUCCAGAUAUGAUAACAUCCUUGUCGUUUGCGGUAAAGAUCUUUCAUUUCUCCCAUUUUUUAGGAACAGUUUCCCUCUUUUUCCACUGGGAAACCUUAGUUGUCCCAUUACAAGUAUAUCAUUUACUAUGUCCAUUCAUUGUUUAAGUGUAGAAGGUUUCCAACGGUUUUAGGUUAUUGCCUUUUUGCAGGCAAAUAGUUGGAGCCGACAUUGAUUAGUGUUGCUCCUUUUGUUGUCAAACCAAGAUGGAACCCAAAUAUAUAUAACCUAUAUAUACUUCAGAUGUCAUAUAUAAUCUUUUCACAUGACCAGAAGAUUUUCCUAUAUAUAAAUCUAUAAUUUUAUGUUUUUUAUAUAUCCCUGUACAUAUGCACAUUACUGCUUUUUGCACUUUGGAUUUCAGCAACUCAUAGUAACCUAAUUCUAGAAAGUGUCUCAAUAUAUGUAGCUAAUCUUUUGGAGGAAUAUUACAGUGGUCCAAAUACAGACAACACUUAAGCUUACAGUCACUAUUGAUUCUAGGGCUGCAACUGAAGAAUACCUUUUAAUAAAUCAACCAAUUGUUUGAUCUAAAAAAGUGUUUAAAACCCAAUGUGAGGUCUUCAGAUUAGUUGCUCUGUCUAAAACCCAAAGAUAUUCAGUUUAUUAUCACAUAAGCCAAAGAAAUGGAGACGUUACAAGGUAGUGUUUUUUAUUUUUGCUUGAAAAAUGACUGAAUUUAUUAAUUGAUUAUCAAAAUAAUUGUUUAAUGAUUCAUUUCUUGUUGUUCAACUUACUGAUAAAUCGAUUCACAGUGAUUAAAUGCAGGCUAUAGCAUGGAUUCCUGUUGCUCGCCAUUAAUAAACGAUCCAGUCACUGAGACAUUUUGUGAUAAGUUCACACUAAAUAGAUUAUCAGUUAAGGGAUGUUAAAUCAUACUUAUGUUCCACCCACAGUGUGUCAAAAAUAGCAUUGGGUUUAUUCUCAUGGAAACAUGAAGCUAUUUGAUUGAACUGAUAACUGAUAUUAAGAGUGAACUUAUAAAGCCAAAGUGGAUUGAGCAUUUAUUAAUGGAGUCCAUGAUACAUUCUGCAUUAAAUCACUGAGUCAUGCAGUAGUUGUGCUUCAGUUAAGCCUUACUUAAGUAUAUGAUUUGAACCCCUUAUUAUAAAGUGUAAGUAGAGAAAUAUGCAGUGUGCUAUGGAGACAUAACUGCACACCCUGUUGAUUUCUCUCGUUAUUUAAAGAGCCUGUAAGAGUUUGACUCGCAGGCUCUACUCUGUUGAUGUAGUGUGAAAUCGAUGGAGCCAUAGGUUCAGUGCGGUUCAGUGCGGUUCAGUGCGUUUCGGACUGUCACUUGUUGGGGCUGAACGCCUCACUGACGGCUGACAGACUCGCAGGCUACACGUGAUGGUCGGUGCGCGUCACCGAAGCGCCGUCGCUCGCCUGGAGACCGGAGCAGGGCUGACUGACAGUGUAUGCAGCAGGCGACUGUAAAUAAAGAAUACAAAGCCAACAAACUAACAGGGAACACACAAGCAAGGCAGGCAGCAUCGGGUUAACUGAUAGCAGUUUCUCUCAUUCAUUCGCUGAGUUGUCUGUUGGGGUGUUUUUCGGUCCUUUUUUUUUUUUUUUUUUUCAGAUUUGAGCGUGCCAAGUGAAGGGAGAGCAAAACAUGGCUGGUUUAAUGGCAGGUUUUGGUCACUACACCCACGCCGUCGUCCGGGGAAUCCCCGCGUCCCUGGCCAAAACGGAGUUAAUGAAAGGAGCUCUGAAGGAUUUGAAUCUGAACAUUGUGGAAAUGGCCGACGAGAACGCCACAUUGGAUGGAGGAGAUGUGCUUUUUACAGGUCGAGAGUUUUUUGUGGGGCUUUCCAAACGGACCAAUCAGAGAGGAGCAGAGAUCCUAGCAGAUGCAUUUAAGGACUACGCCGUGUCGACCGUGCCUGUGCUGGAAGGGCUGCACCUGAAGAGCUUCUGCAGUAUGGGAGGACCAGGCCUUAUUGUCAUCGGCUCCAGUGAACCAGCACAGAAAGCCCUCAAAAUCAUGCAGCAAAUGAGUGACCAUCGCUAUGACAAACUGACGGUACCUGAUGACCUCGCUGCCAACUGCAUCUACAUGAACCUACCUAAUAAGGGACAUGUGCUUCUGCACUGCACAGCAGAGCAGUUUCCAGAGAGUGCAAAGGUGUUCGAGAAGUUGAAAGACCACAUGCUAAUCCCUGUGUCCAACAUGGAGAAGGUCAAAGUGGACGGAGCCCUCACAUGCUGCUCUGUACUCAUCAACAAGAAGGCCAACAUCUGAGCGUGCCCACCAGGGGGUCUCUCAGUGCAUGGUACCAAGCGGAGCCUGUAUCCGAUCACCAAGGAUCCCAAUGAUUAGCAAAACUAUCUUUGUACUUGGAGGAAGGACAGGCAAGUUUGUUGUUGCUGAGGGACAAAGAAAAUAUAAAUCUGAGGGAGUCAUCUGGUCUCCCUUUCCCCCAAAAACACUCAAAUUACAUUAAAACACUCAAAUUACAUUAAAAGGUCUUUUAAGAGUGUUAAUAGUUCAGUUGACAUAAAACACAAUUAGUUAAAAAUUAUCUUUGUCUCUAAAAUAAUUAGGAUAAUACAUUAAAACUAGUGUUACUUUUCUCUUGAUUUGGGUAUAUUCUAAUAUUUUCUACAAAAAUCUGAAAUCAAAGCAAAAUAUUUUGCAGUUUAGAUAAGGGGUCAAAAAUUCAACCCAUGUCAAGCCAUAUAUGAUUUUUUGACAGUAUUUCUUUCUUAGUAACUAGUCUAUAAACGAUAAAAAAAGAAUUCAGAUUAAUAACAAUUACUAAAAAAAGAAGAUCUGAUCCCAAAUCAGAGAAGUAGAGCCAUGUUGAGCCACCCCCCACCCAACUACCGCUCAUGUGUAGACCAAUCCUCGCUUACUGUUCGAUGUUUACAACCCUUUAGAACCACGCAGAACAGAUCACUGGACAAACAAAACCAGAUAGAUCUGUUUGAGAAUUUUUGUUGCCAUUGAAAAGUAGUCUAACCAACACUUCACUGCAGGUUUAUGAAUUAUAUAACUAACACAUGAUGCAAACAGUUGGUUUAUACUGUUUACAUGCAUCAUUUUAACUGUGAUUUAAUUUUGUGUGUAUUUGGUUAUAUAAUGCAAUUGCGAUUCAGUUUGUAAUUUACUUUUCAAGAACUGCCUUUUGGUGCAAGAUGGAGGACAAAAAUCCUGCUACUGCUGUAAAUCUCACUGUCAGAAUUGCUAUUUAGCAGUUUUUAACUGGUAUUUUAAAUUCCUGCGGUUUCUUUACAGUUGGUGCUGAGUAAAUUUCAUCACUGUGCAUAAUUUCAAAACCACUGACACACUAUUGUGUACUUUAUUGAAAUGCAUGACUGUGAAUUUUAGGUUGUUUUGUCACUCUGAAAAUACAGUUCUUGUAAAGCCUUCUUUAGAUACGAGCUUUUGGUAUGAUCGCAGUGUCAUAAUUAUUUGUUUUUGUGAUUGAUAUUGAAAUUACUGCCAUUGAGACCUGAGGUGCUCCUGCUUUUCAUGACUGUUUCUUGCUAAUCAUUGCUAUUGAUCGUGCAGUACUGGAUACAAUUCUUGACUGAUUUCAAUAAUUGCCACCAGCUAAAAGUAGCCUAUUAAUUUAUUCUACAAGGACCAUGGCCAUUUUGUGUAAGCAAUUUUGUUUAGAUCUGUGUGGAGAUGCAAAUCUGUUCCAACUCUACAGAGGACAAAUAACAGCUGCCCGUUGGGAAAAGUACUGGAUGUUUUCAUUAUUAUAAGAUGAACUAAGCAUUCAUUUAUUCCAACAUAACACCUCUUCUCCUUUUAAUGUACAAUGCCUGUAUGGAAAACCAAUGAGGUCACUCCUGCUGAAUGAUUCUGAAGGCACUGUAGUUUUCACACACCAUUGGUUCUGCCUGUGUUGUUGAUUACACCCGUUCUCUUGUUUUUUUUCCUGUCUGGUCGUUUUUACUCCAAAACUGACUGUAAACAUGCUGUGAAGCUGAUGUCUGUUCCACUAAA